AAGAAUGCAUUCGCACCGAAAUUCAUGGUUGUUUGAACUCCUGCUAGUUAAUACAGUUUUAUCUCAAGCAUCACAAACAAACUACACUGAGUGUUGAGAUGAUAUAAGAAAUUGCCUGAUAGAUGCUGAUCGAGAGUGAUAGUUAAAAUGGAUAGAGUAGUUAAACAGUUCAAGAGAGUUUCUUUGAGAGAAAGGAGAGAAACAUUCGCUCCUGUGAAAAUUAAGAAAGACUCAGGAAUUAUAAAAGCCUUAUUCCGCCAUAGCAAGAUGUACUAUAAGUGGCGUAACGUUAACUUUGAUACUCCAUAUACUGUUGUCAAAGUACACUCAAAUUCCAAAGAUUAUACAAAAAUUAUGCGAGAUUUCGAGGAAUACUUGACAGCAGAUGUGCACAAGAUCGUCAGGGUCCAGAAUCCAUUUCUUUAUCUUCAAUACGAGCUCAAAAUGAAACAGAAAAAAUACAUUCACGGUAGUAUCACGAAAAGUCGGCUCUACCAUGGCACGAAAAGUUGUAAUGUCAAAUCUAUUUGCCAAAGGAACUUCGAUUGGCGUAAACUUGGAGCUAGUGGUUAUAGGCCAGACAAAUUUGGCAAGGGCGUUUCGUUUUCACCAUAUUCCUCGUAUGCCUCGGAUUACCCAAGAAAUUUUUAUGAGGACCCACGAAUCAUGUUUUUGGCUAGUAUAAUGGAGGUAUCAAGAUGCCAGGGCAAAAAUGGUAUGUUAAUUCCUCCCAUACCUCAUGAUACCUCUGCAGACCUCAGACAUGAUAAUGUAGUGGUGAAAUAUUUUGAUAAUGAAUUCUAUCCAGAAUAUAUAAUAUAUUAUAGCCUAUAUGAGGAGGAGGAGGAGGAGUAUGAGGAGUAUGAGGAGUAUGAGGAGUAUGAGGAGUAUGAGGAGUAUGAGGAGUAUGAGGAGUAUGAGGAGUAUGAGGAGUAUGAGGAGGAGUAUGAGGAGUAUGAGGAGUAUGAGGAGGAAUAUGAGGAGUAUUGGGAGUAAAUAUCAGUGACCUAUAUUUUUGAUAAUGCUAUUUUAUUUUUUUAUCUCAUACCAAUCUACUAGACAAGCCAUAGCCAUAACUUCUAGAAUAUUGGGUGUAUCAGAAUGAAAUUUGAUAUGAUUAUAUUCAUGGUAUUCGAACAGGAAUGUUUUCGCAUAUUUUUCACUUCCCGGACACUUCCGGUUCCACCCACUCUGUAUAUUAUAACAUUUAUUGUUUCUGACACCAUUCUGAAUCAGAAUAUGACAUUUCCAGACAUUUUUACGCCUACUUCGUUAUUUCAGAGUCACUUAUAAUAUUGCAUCUAGGUGAUUAGAUGUAAACUUAUCUGAUAACCUCAGGUGAUGUCAGAAAGUUAUAUUCACGAAAUUUUAGAGACUAGUAUCAGAGAUAGGAACAAGACAAGUUGAUAAAAUUACAUUCCCGUAUUAUUUUUCAAAUGGUAUCCAUAUUUUGACAAGCACUUUCCAAAUGAAGGAUUUUUUAAUGAAUUUAAUCGAUACUAAUUUAUUUGCCAUUGGACCGGAAAUAACAUCGAUUCAAUAAUACUGAGGAAAAGACUUGAUAUAUUUAUUUAUUCACAUUUGUCUAGUGUGCCAUGGAUAGUCAUAAUGCAUAAUAUUUUGCAGGUACUUUUUUUUAGUCUUCUUUGGAAAACAAAACACUCAGGUAAUGACAAUGACGUAAAAGCGGUAUGAGCUGACAAAAUUAAAAAGUUUCUUUAUUAUCGUUAAAUUCCAGUUUAAUUGCAUGCAUCAAAGAUCCAGUAUUUUCCUUCGUAGUAUUAAAUUCAUGUUUUUAUUUUCAAUCCAAUCGCAAAUAAAUGAGUAUCGGAUUCGUGAAAAAAUAUUUUUUCGGUGGUUGCCAUUAGAAAAAUAACAGUUAGACAAGGAACUGUUAUUUUGUCAACUUCUCUUCUUCCUGUCUAUCAUACUACUUAGUCACUAAGACCACAGUUGAGAGAAUAUUACAGUGCUAAAACUUUGUAAUUAUAAUUACCUGAUGAGGUCCUUAGACAUGCAAUAAGGUACUUUAAAAAAAUGGAGUAGGCGUGAAAACUUCUGGAAAUAUCAUAUUCUGAUCCAGAAUUGUCUCGGGAAUUCAAAAUAGUUAUGAUAUACAGGGUGUUCAAUUAAAAUAAUCAAAACCGGGGCCAUUUCCGGUGAAACCGGAAGUGACCGGUAAGUGAAGAAUAUGCGAAAAAUUUCCUGUUCACAUACCAUAUACCCAUAUUUAAUUUUAUUUUGAUCGAAUAUUUUAGAAGUUACGGUUUGUCUAAUAAAUUAGUUGACACCCGUAGAUAGGUAUAAAUGCGUUCACAUCAGGGGACGUCUAGAAAUGUAUUAGAAAUCAGAAUAUCAUUUUUUUUUAUUACAACACAGUUCUCUUCAGGUAGGUAUAAAUGCAUUCACAUCAGGAGAUAUAGAAAUGUAUUAGAAAUCAGGAUAUAAAUUUUUUCUUGUUGUACAUACAACACAGUUGUAUUUCUCUUCAGUGCUUUAUAUUGUUCAGGUUAGUUUAGGUUGGUUAAGUAAUGAUGGUUAUGAGUUUUUUUAUUAUUAAAAGUUAGAAGCUUUUAUUUA